CGCCCCGAGACUCCCAGUGGCGCCGGGCGCCGGCCCCACUGGCGCCGUAAGCGCCGUCUCGUCUCGCCGGUGUAAUUAGCACAUGAAACAACAUGUUCGCGCGUCGCCGGGCCGCGCUGUGCGACUAAACUCCUGUGUUCAGUCAGAAUACUUUCGUGCUUUUAUUUUUCUCCCUGCUUCACUUGAAUAAAUUUUAUCUUGAUUAUUCGUUAGCUAAACUGUAAGUUUUCAACUUGAGAAAUGAAGAGUUAAUAACAAUUGUUAAGGAAAUCAAAAUGACUUUGGACUUUGGAUCACCAAAACGCCUUUUCCUUAGCCUCAUCCAUCCUAUAUCUUUUGACAACUUUUUCUCACAGUAUUGGGAGGAAAAACCAUUACACUUAGCUCGAAAUCAAGGAUUGACUGGCAGCACUUCUGACGGUAUUCUGUCUUUGUCUCAUAGAACUUUGCGAAAUUUUGUUAAGAGUUGUCAUCUGCAGUGUGGUAAAGAUGUAGACAUUUUGAGAUAUUCAAAUUGUGGAAAAAAGGAAAGCUUAAAUGAGAACGGAAUUUUAUCACUCACUAAGUAUGACAAGCUUGUGACAGGUGGGUCAGCAUCAGCUUGUUUCAAUGAGCUUCAGCGUCAUCAGGAUAAUCUCUGGCAGCUUGUAGAACUCUUGGAAUCAUUUUUUGGGACUUUAGUUGGGUCAAAGGUGAUUGUGAGCCCCAGCAGUGCUCAAAGGUCACUUACACCCCUACAAUCUAGCAAUGCAGAAACUUUUAUCAUUCAAACUGAGGGUGAAACCCAGUGGAGACUUUACUUUCCAGUUUCUCCUCUUUCAAGGAACUUUUUAGAAAAUGUUUCUUCAGAACACUUAGGAGAGCCUACGCAUGAAGUUCUUCUUAGAGCUGGAGACCUCUUAUACCUUCCACGUGGAACUGUUUAUCAAAAUACUUCAAUUGUUACAAAUACACAUGCAACCCAUUUAGUAGUCUACACCUACCAAAAAGCAUCAUGGGGAGAUUACUUACAAUCUGUUUUCCCCUCCUUAAUUAAAGAAGCUGUUGAUUCAGACUUGGAUUUUCGACGAGGACUUCCAAUUAAUUUUUUAAAGUCUACAAAGCUUACUAAGAGUAGGAAGUUUCAAUCUGUUUUGGGCAUUCUUUUGUUAAAAUUGUCUAAAGCACGUUUAGAAAGAUUUCCUUUACCAAAGGAUUUAAUGGAGAAAUUUAUGGAAAAGCGCAUGCCCCCAUUCAGGGCAAAUCCUUCUUUACUUAGGAAUACUUUACCAGGCGGUACACCCCCUGAUCUGUCAUGCAAAGUGCGCUUGAAGUAUCCAGAGCAUUUGUGUUUUUUGAUUGCUGACAGAAGUGAUGUGGAUGAUAGUUGCUUAACAAACUAUGAUUUGGCUUCUAAAACAGACUCCUUUCCAUUAGAUGACUCAGCCAACACUCAAUUUCAAUUUUUAUCACAGUCUUUAUUUGGGACUGAUGAAUCACAAGCUUUAUUUGUCUUUAGUUCAUUGCUGAAUUCCAGAGUUAACCACAUGGUACCUUCAUUAAACAAACAGGUGAAUGAACAUGCUGCUCUUACUCUUGUUCUUCCCACCAGUUUCUAUACUAGCCUAGAAACUCUUAAAGCUUCGAGUGAACAAUUUGUUGCUGCCAUUUGUCUACCUUUGGAAGAUCCAGCAGAUCGAGAACAGUUGAUCAGGGCAUUAUGGAGUAAGCAUUUGAUUGAAUGCAUACCUGGUUUUCGGGCUGAGCCAUGCAAAAUUACUAAACUUGAUUAAAUGAACUGUGUCUCUUGGAACAUGUGGAAAUUGUUAUAUUUUUUUAUUUACUGCCAAUAUAGUUGUAUUUAAAAGCAAACUGAA